GUUGAAUUGGACACAUCUCGUCAGUAUAAACUGUAUUUAUGAUGAUAUUUUGUUCCCGUUCUUAUUCAUUCCCUAAUAUUUUGCCUAUCUAUCCCCACUUGUUUUAUUUUUCUGUUUAGGAUAACAUGAUAAAACCCGAAGUAAUGUUAUUUGAAGAAUGCCAUUCAAACAUACUUCGUGACAGAAGUUUCCAGAAACAUUCUUAUAAUAACAAACACGACAGUGAAGAUGGUAAACUUGCUCACUCAUCUUUUGAAGAAUGCAAAAAUGUAAAGAUAUGUGAUGAUAUUACACAGACAGUGCAUAUUCCAUGUGAUAAUGUUCUGUGUAAUCUUUCAGGUGUAGAAAGUGCAACCACUGAGAGUGACCAGAAUUCGGAUAUCGCCACUGACCAUCUAUCUUUAACGCCAUUUUUUGAUCUUACUCCGAAUUCAUUGGAUAGGGAGAUUUCUAUGAGAGUGAGAGUGAGUGUCUGCAAAUUGCAGGAAGCACAGAUUGAUGAAUUCGAAACAGUUAAAAAUUGUUCGCUAACAACUGAUUCAGCUUUUCAAAAUGAGCCAUACAGAGAAUCGACAAAAUCAAUCGCAACAUCCAAUAAACAAUCCUCAAAGAAUCUCUCCAACUCUGAUUCUACAGAAAGCGUUUGUAGUAAACGUAAAGUAAGUAGAAAGAGGAGGCCUUGUUCUUACAGUGGAACAGAGGAACUUGUUGAGGAAGAAGCAGUUGGAAAUAUCCCGCGGAAAUCGGAAACCACGAAAAGGAUUAGUUCCCCUGUUAAAUCUUUACGAAGAUCAAGUCGCUUGAGUGGCCUGCGUAAAAGGGAAUUGGAAAUUCAUGUAAAAGUGGACGCUAUCCCUGAAGAAAGUUGUAAUUCUACUGUAGCUGAUACUGACGCUAAAAGAUAUUUAGGAAAUGUAAAUAAACGAAGGGGUAGAAAUGGAACAGCUACUGCAGAUUCAUCGGAAAGUGAAGAUAAAGUUCUCGAAGUAUCAGGUAAUUUGUCUGAUACCUCUUCGAAAACAAAUACCGAUGUGACCAAAUGUGUUUAUCUGCUCUUCAGUGGUAUUGAGUCAUCCGUGUAUACAAGUACCUUGAAGAAGUUAGGCGCGUGCGAAACAAGCGAUGCUACGCUUGCUGACUAUGUCAUUACGGACGAGAUAAGGCGUACAUUAAAGAUAUUGUAUUCAAGAGCACGUGGUAUACCCGUCAUCUCAGUGGAUUGGUUAAAGGCAUGCAAGAAAUGUCGUAAAGGUUCCAAUCCAGGUAUGUUUAUGAAAGAGUAA